UUCUGGUCCAUGCUUCCUUCUUCUCCGCAUCUCAAUGUUCGAUUCCGUUGUCAACCUUCAAGUCAUCCUUAUAAUCGCGUUUGAAGCGAGUUGAUUCGACAUCAUGCUCAACGUCACUCAAGGUCCAGCGAAUGAUUUCGAUUUUCCGCCGCCUUCUGGGCAGAUGGGCCCCAAUAACUCGGUUUUUACAAUUGGCGACGUGCUGAAUUUGCGCUGGCAUACUCAAUUCUCACAAGUCAACCUUAUACAGCGUCAGAAUGAGAAUGAUACAGAAAUAUUACUCGCAUCGAAUCUCGCAACCAAUUCUUACAUAUGGAAGGUCACGGCAGGUCCAUUCGAUUUAACAACGCAAAAUGUUUUCUAUCUUUGGGUUCAAGAUGCACAAUACGGCGGUGUUUUCGGUUCAAGUUAUCUUAACUUCACCACGACGGGAGCGAUUCAGUCACUAGGAUUUACAUCAACGUCUUCUUCUCCGACUUCGAAAGCUACCCAAUCGUCAGGUACACAGACAUCAGGAAGUGGAGCCAGUCCAACCUCUGACAACCAAUCGUCGAGCUCGAGCGCAGCAGCUGGCACAAAGUCUUCGGGCAUUGGCAUAGGUGGGAUUGCGGGAAUAGCUGUGGGGGCUGCUGUCCUCGUUAUUGCGGUGGUGUUUGGCUGGUUCUUCUGGUAUCAGAGGAGAAAAAGCAGCGCCAGGGCAACGGCAGUCAAACAGGAGCAUACCGAUGUGAUGACAUACCAGGCGGUAGCACGGCAACAUCCUGGUUAUGCAGAAGCGCCAGGGGAUAUCCGCCAUGAACCGGCAGAGAUGGGAGCAUAUUCCAAGGGGGAGUAUAACCAGGGGUGGGUUGCCGAGCUGGGAGACACUGCUAGAUAACGGAUCAAUGACAGCGGAUAUCUGGAUUUCUGAUGUAUUUGAGCGAAUUUCAAAUAUGGAGUCGGCGUUUUCGGACAUAACGGCGAGGGUAGAUAGUCGUCUGUGGGGAUAUAGGCAGUACCCGACUUGUAUUUUUUAUACCCGAAUAAAGAGUAACCCUGUCGUAGUUGUGCUUGCAAUACUCUGAACCUAUCCGCUCUUCUUAAGUUGGCCAUUGCAUUCUCCUUUUAAAUGCG